AGAGUGUUGAAAAAAAGUUUUUCCUCUUCGUUCUUUCUCUCUGCUUGCUUGGUUCAGAGCUCUAUUUCCUUCCUCUAUUUCUAUCCCAACCUCCAUAGACAAACCUCGAGGCCUCUAAAUUAAAUCAUAAAUCUCAGCCAUGGAUCUCAUCCCUAUCCUCCUAGUGUUAGUCUCUGCAUUUUCAUCAAUCCAGGCAGUCACCCCAGCAAACUCCAAGGUCUUUAGAGAGUACAUUGGAGCUGAAGGCAAAGGUGUUCGGUUUGCAGAUGUCCCUAUUAAUUCCAAAGUCGAAGUUCACUUCAUUCUCUCCUUCGCCAUUGACUACACCUCAUCUUCUUCUCCUUCACCAACCAAUGGUCGGUUCAAAGCAUACUGGGAUGAAGACAACCUUAGCCCAUCACAUGUUUCAGCAACCAAAGCCCUCCAUUCAAACGUCAAAGUAUGUAUCAGUCUUGGAGGUGAUACCAUAAGAGGGCAGUAUGUGUUCUUCAAACCCAGAUCAAUCAACUCUUGGGUUAGCAAUGCUAUCAGUUCAAUAACAAAGAUAGCUCGAGAGUAUGAUUUGGAUGGAAUUGAUAUAGACUAUGAGCACUUCGAUGCGGAUACAAAUACGUUUGCUGAGUGCAUCGGUCGCCUUCUUUCCCACCUUAAGGAACAGAAAAUAGUGUCAAUUGCAUCAAUAGCACCGUAUGAUAAUGAUUCUGUGCAACCAUAUUACUUGGCCCUAUGGAUGUAGUAUGGAUAUCUAAUAGACUAUGUUAAUUUUCAAUUUUAUGCCUAUGACAAGGGGACAACUAUUUCUCAAUUCUUGGAUCAUUUUGAGACUCAGAGCUCUAAUUAUAGGGGAGGAAAGGUUUUAGUGAGCUUCGGUACUGAUGGAAGUGGGGGUUUGUCUCCUGAAAAUGGGUUUUUUGAGGCUUGUAGUAAGCUUAGACAUGCGAAAAAACUUCAUGGCAUAUUUAUAUGGUCAGCAGAUGACUCCAAGAAGGCCGGAUUUCCUUAUGAGAAGCAGUCACAAACCUUCCUGGCCAGCACAAAGUGAUCAUCUGUGUUUCUUCUCUCAUGUUGUUGUAUUACAAACGAGUGAUAUAAUAAAUUAAAGGAUGAAAUUGGAAUA